UUUCUCAGUUUCAGCUGCUCAAACCAAUACAGUUUACGUUAAUAACAAAUUGGCUCAACGAUUUUGGCGCGAAAUUAACAAUUGAUCCCGAACUGCCAGUGGUUAUUGACCGUCCACGGAGCUUAUGUGUACAAAUAACUUAACUGGAACAAAAACAUUCCACUUAUACACUCCUAAUCAAGCUAAACAGUCCCAUAGGACCCAGAAUAACGAUAAGGACGCCAUAACAACUAGAAUAAACAAAGACACUUUUAUGCUAAUCAAUCAGUGAUCGGUCGAAAACUCAAACGGAAAACACUUUAGGCACCGCAUGCGAUAACUGUUUCGCCGACUUCGGGACCAUAAUGGCAGCUCUUGAAGUCAUUCCAGAAGAAAUCUUUUCUAAACCGAGAAUGCGUCAACCAGGACGAGGUUCCAGCUUGUAUCAGCUCAGUAUAAGCAGAGCACCCGAACUUCGUUGCGUCAACAGCCCAGUGAAAUCAUGCGGUGUCUGCGAGGACUGUUGUUUAGGCGCGAAGUUGAAUCACACCAAGGAAUGGUUUUGUCGUUGUGGUGAACCAGUCAAAAGGAAGUACAUUCUGGGGCUUGUUCAGCGUUUUGACUCUAUGGAUUUGCUUGAAUAUGUCACAUCUCUGCUUCAAUCUUUUCAGUACAAAGACUUCACGUACAUGCGGUCGCGGAGCAAACCGAGUUUGAUCGUGGACACUUCCAGUCCGCCAACAAACCACGCGUUGAACGAAGAUGAAUUAUUACAGACUAUUGACGAUUACCUGGAGUGGUUUUCAGGGAGUACUUAUUGGUCAAAAGCAAAUUAUUUAUUGGGUUUAAUGCAGUUGUGUGAUACACAUCUUCUACAUAUUUUGGCAACCAAGACUAGAGCAAUGUGCGAAAGGGAACGAAGAAGGCAAAGAGCGGUGGACGAUGGGUUAAUCGAUAGAGAGGAUGACGAGUACAUGUCUUUGCACAGCUACGUGUCCGGGAGUGAUGACCCUGUCGUAGCCAAGAUGGAAAGUAACAAAUCACCAGCCCCAGAAUCAACGGCAAGCCAAUCUGGAUCUUCAGGCAUUCACGACACUCAUUCAGCAGAAAUUCACUCAAUCAUCAGUGAAGAGCUUGAAUUUAGUCGGUCCAAAUCCCCAGGAGAUUUAAGUACAACAAAAUCACAAUCUCACAGGAGCACACAUUCUGCAGACAUGCUUGGCUCUGACCUCCGAUCUCAAGCCUCAGCAGGAUAUGUUGGAAGUCCUGUUUCUCAGUGUCGUUCUAGGUCUAUACCACCCUCUAGGCAGUCUUCAAGAAGGCCUGCAAAUGAAAUGACAGAUUUUGAAAGGGAAUUCUUCUCCGAAGAUUAUAUGUCGGGUGAUGAAGAGGACAAUGAGAAUUUCAUCAGUUCUUUGACUCAAAAUGACUCUUUCAUGCCUGAUUAUUUAGGUUCUGGAAAAUAUAAGGACUUUUUAAGGUGUUUACCAGUUCAUCUGUCCAAGCGGAUUCUAGGAAUGUUGGACAAGAGUAGCUUGACAAACUGUUUGUGUCUAAGUAAACAUUGGAGAGUUCUCGCUGAGGAAGUUAAACAAGAUUACAUGGUGCACCAGCUGAUGACAGAAGAGAUCAUGCUUAUGCAGGGAGCAUCAGCCAAGGGUAUGAAUCCAAGAUAUGCUAAGAUUGUGCCUGUUCAUGUUCCUCUGGAUCUCGACGAGAACACCAAAGAAGUUCUCAACCUUGGUUACAAAGCACGUAAAGAUGUCAAAAGUCAAAAUCUAAAGGAAUGCUAUGAAGGAAUUGCUACCAAGGAAAUCAGAAUGGAGGAGAGGAACAUCUACUGUGGUGCAUAUAAUGUGCUGGUUCUUCAGGACAUAGAGGAUCCCAACCGAUGUGCAAACUAUAAUGGAGGGCGACUGGUUGUGUCUGGAUCAUAUGACAGACGAGUUCGACUUAUAGAUGCUUCCACAGGCAAGUGCAACAGGACUAUUCAAGGCCAUGCAGGAUCUAUUCGCUGUGUUUAUGUUUCUGAAGAGAGAGGAGUAGUAUUGAGUGGUGGCUAUGACACUUCAAUAAGAUGCUGGGAUAUAGGCAGAGGAAAUUGCAAGUGUAUAUUCAGAGGGCACCGGGCCACUGUUCUGUGCAUUGCUCUUCAUGGAAAUCACCUGGCUUCUGGGUCCAGGGAUAAAAGUGUUAAAGUGUGGAACUUUGCUACUGGCAAGUGCCGGCGGACCUUUCGUCAUAGACACGUGGUACAAACUGUUCGUGUUUCUGACACUCUAGUUGUUAGCGGAUGCGAAGGUGGAAAAGUGAAAGUGUGGGACAUAGAACAGGCGUCUUUACUCAAGUCCCUUGACGGUCAUCACGGAGCAAUCACGUGCGUGACGUUUGACGAGUAUCACAUCAUCACUGGCAGUUUAGAUUGCUACGCUAUGGCAUGGAGCUCUAUUGGAAAACACAAAAAAUGCCUGCAGGCAUUUAGACACCCGAAGGAAGUGCUAUGCCUGGAGUUUCUUUACUGUCGAGUUGUAACUGGCUCCGCGGACGGAAAGCUACGCAUCUGGAAUCUUUUAAACGGUGACUGUCUGCGAAUUAUUCGUGGAAACAGUAAAAAUGACCCCAUUACAACAAUCAGAGCGUCAGGGGAUAGGAUGAUUGUCAACACAUUAAGCAAUCUUCUGAUUUUUAACUUCGAGGCAGUCCUGUGGGAUUUUAACUUGGAACCCGAGCGACCGGAAGGACUGGGUAACCUCAACAUCUAUGCCAAGACUCCACCUCGCAGACUGGCGCGUUCCCACGUGCGUGCGCACAAGCUGAUGCGCGCUGACACUAGAGACAGUCUGCCUUCCCGGCCUCCUUCACGGGUGAAAACACCUACAGCUUGUGACCUCAACGUAACUUUAGCUCCACCAAACAGCCUGCCCCUAAGGAUCUCAAGCGCGCCUCCACGAAUUAAGCACCAAGAGAGUACCAUAAACAGCAUGAAUGCACAUGUGCAAAGGAUUUUAAAAGCUCACAAAGAGCAAAAGACUCGUCCCCAGUCUUCGCCGGCUCUGACUUCUUCCUGUAAGUCACGUGGUUUGACAGAAUAUGAUAUACCCCCGACAGAUGUCGAUGGAGAUCUUAGAGCAAGUAUGAUUAUCACGAAAGUCACACGCUCACCUCCUAAACCGCCAUCGUUCCCAGAGAACAGACGUUCUCAGGUUAUAACGCGUAGUCGCUCAGCGCCCGCGUAUCGCACGCAGGUUCUACCGCCAGGCAAACGCGGUUGGACUACGUCUGCGACUGAGCCGCUAAAAGCGCCGGAGAAUAAGAUCAUGAUGAGCGCACAACAAGCGCGGGAAAAAAUCGCCACAAUGCGACCGCGCAGUGCGCAGGUACAGUCAACGAAAGAGUCGAUUUCAGUCAAUCCGGUCAAAAGCUUGUCAUGCUUAAAUUUGAAGACUUACAGCAGUCAGUUGCAGUUUGAACAGAGCUUACAGCAGGGAUCCUUGCGUGACAGGGGAGGACGCGUCACAUCGAAAGGCACUCAUCGACCAAAAUCUUGCAUUCCUUGUGUACGGUAACACAAUACACUUUACUGUCCUGGAAAAAUCAGAAUCUUGACUCGCCUCAAUCAGCUAGAAACUAAACUUCCUGCUCACUUCUGUAAGAGCUGUCGACGAGACGAGGACAGAAGCGAGGCGAAGAGAAUUCAACUUGUUACUUCUAAUAUUCUUGCUUUGACAAGCAAACGCUUAAGUACUGAUCCAGAGGUUCGAAGAAGACGCAGGCCCGCACGCCGCAGUUUCUGUUUUUAUUUUUGUAUCGAGUUGACAAGAACGUUGAAAUGUUAGCAAUAAAAAUUAUUUUAUUUUA